AUGACCGACACAACUACAAAAAUCCACCUCAGAUGGGGCAUAGUGGGGUUAGGACAAUUUGCUGCAAAAUGGGCGAGUGAUGUGCUCUUGAACUACCAUUUGGACUCCAUUAAUGGGAAGCACGUGACACACGAGUUAAGAGCUGUUGUUUCCACCAGUUCACUUUCCAAAGCUCAACAGUUUGUCAGCUUACUGAGCUGUAAAGACAAACAGCCUACGCUGUACGACUCGUACCAGAAGUUUCUAGAGGACGAAGAGAUCGACAUCGUGUACAUAGCUGCUCCAAAUGCUUUCCACUAUACACUGGCGAAACAAGCUCUAGAAGCUGGAAAACACAUCCUAGUGGAAAAAACGUUCACCCUAAAUCAUAAACAGGCGGUCCGGCUACAAGAAAUUUCAGCAAGAAAGAACCUCCUAGUUGUCCAUGGCGUUUGGACACGGUUCCUUCCCACUACAAAGAAGCUGGUACAGCUGGUGGAAGAUGGAAAGGUUGGAAUCGUACGUCGUGUUCAGGCAGAUCUUAGUCACAACUGCCCAUAUGACAGCAGUAGCCGGCUUUUCAAUCCAGAACUGGGAGCGGGAGUUCUUCUGGAUAAUUUGAUAUACUCAAUCACCUGGACCGAUAUGCUUUUGUUAUCGAAGACUGAAACAAAUCCAAGCAUUUCCUCAUGGGCUAUCAAAUCCAAGGAAGCCCCAGAAAUUGAUGUUUCCACAUCGAUCACUCUGCUGUUUGACGAUUUACUAGCAUCAGGAACAGCGACCGGAUCGUUCCUUACCGAGUCGCCAAAAGAAAGUGUACUAAUUGAAGGAGAUAAAGGGUACAUCAAGAUUGGGCGUACAUCAAGACCAUCAUAUGCAACGUUUACUUCUAGCACUGGCCAGGAAGAGCAACUUGAUUUGCCCGUUAUUGAGGGGAUAGGGUACUACUACGAGGCUAAUGCUGCUGCCAUCGCCAUUGGGAACAAGCAGAAUGAUUUGACAGAGUAUCCGAUAAAGGACACUAUCAGAGUCCUACAGAUAUUCGAUCGAUGUAGACGGGACAACAAGAUUUCAUUUCCGGAGUCAGUCGAGAGUUUCUGA